UGUUUGUUUCUUCUGAUUUUAAUUUUUUUUGAAUCAAUUUAUUCUCUCUCUCUCUCUCUCUCUCUUAAUAAUCCUUCUUCUGUCUAAUAAUUGUUCCUCGUUUAAGAAUUCUUCUCCUUUCUCCUUCUCCUCCUCCUCCUGCUUAUCCAUUUUCCACUUCUUCGAAAUUUUCGAUUCCGUUCGAUUGCUUAUAAACACAAGAGGAAAAGAAAAAGAUAGAAAUUUUGAGAUCCAACCAAGAUUUGAUGGCGGAAGAGCACAGAUGCGAAGCUCCAGAAGGUCACAGACCCUGCGUGAACAACUGUGGGUUUUUCGGCAGCGCUGCCACUAUGAAUCUUUGCUCUAAAUGUUACAGAGACUAUUGCCUUAAAGAACAGCAUCAACAUCAGCAAGAAGCCUCGAUUAAAGCUUCUCUUUCCGUCCCGUCGCCGUCGUCCGCGGCGGCGAUUGUCGAUAAUUCUCAGCCUGCGCCGUCGCCGGAUGAUGUGCUACGGAGUCCUGAGGCGGUGGAAGAGGAGGUGAAGGUGGUGGUUACGGCGAUCGAGCAAAAGCAGCCGAAUCGGUGCUUUGUGUGCAGGAAACGGGUCGGGCUGACCGGUUUUAGAUGUCGGUGCGAGAGUAUGUUUUGUGGGGCCCAUAGGUACCCGGAGAAACAUAACUGUACUUUUGAUUUUAAGAAGAUUGGUAGAGAGGAGAUCGCCAGAGCUAAUCCUCUUGUUGUAGCUCAGAAGCUUCACAAGAUUUAAUCUCGACAGUUUGAUCUCACGACUUUCAGCCACAAUAUUUUAAAGACUUUCCAACGAAAAUAUUUUAAAAGAUCGGGUCUUGCAUAUCGGAUCAACAAGAGCAGCAACCACUACCGUCGAUCAUAAAAGUCAAAUCAUCAACGGCCUGAUGGACGGACCUGAUCUGGCCGUACAAUUUACGCCUGUCUUUGGAUGAUCUUUUAUGUGUCAUGCUUUUCUUAAUAUAUUAUUGUUACUAUUAUUGUUAUAAAUAUUAUAAAUAUUAUAAAUUUCUCUCAAAAAUAAGUUCCAAUUAUAUGUAAAUUUGGUUGUGAAGAUUGAAAAAAAAAAAAAAAAAACAGAAAACAACAAAAAGAUUGGGGUCGGUUUGAUCAAAAUUGUUUAUUUCCUGUAUGGGUUUUUGGGUGUUUUGAAUUAUUGGUAUGUGUAAGUGCUCUGCCAAUCAUAGCAGGCCAUGUUCUCUCUUCUCUUUCUUUAAUGGUGUGCUAUUGAAGAUGUUCUCAAGUUCGAUGGAA